AUGCUCCUCGGACCAGAGAAACCCGCGCUCCCCGAGCUCGACGACCAGCUGCGGCGCUCUGCCUGUGACCGCUGCCGGUGCCAGAAACUGCGCUGCGAGCGGCCUAGCGGCCCGCCGGAUCCCAGCUCCGAGACCGCAACUAGAGAUGGCAGCGACGGCGGCAGGUCCUCGACUGGCGUCCCGUUGGUGUCCUGCCUCCGCUGCCAGCGGGUUGGCGCCAUUUGCACCACCAGCUUCCAGCAGCGACCGGGCCGUCCGCGGCUGUUGGACAGCUCGUCAUUGCGUGGGGCUGGGACACGCCGGGCGCGCGCGAAACAGGUGGCGGCGCAGGCUGACCGGGCCGACUCCUCCCAUCACGGCCGGCGGCAGUGUCAACAGCGGAGUAAUGCGGCCGCUGCUGCUUGUCCGAGCCGGCACGAUGGCCUCCGUGCUGAAGAGGAGCCAUGCCAGGCGGCCCAGGUACAGCAGGUUACAUCGCCACGACCAGCUGAUGGACAGCAAAGCCAUCCUAGUGGCUUCAGCAGCCCCAUCGAUCCUUUUCCUUCUCCGCACCCUCGCACCUCCGAGGGGAGCAGGACCACUCCGUCUGAUGAGGACCAUUCGGGCUUCUGGGGCUCGUGUCUUCAGUGCAUGUCCCCUUCGUGGGAUUUGGGCGGGGAGGACUUUCCCAACCUGUUCACGACGGACAUGGAAAUACUGAGGAUGGACGGUACCGACGUACCUGCUCCCGCCAGCAAUGCCGAUGCCACCGUAGUCCAGAGCAUGCCGCCGGACGCAGAGACUCACCCUCCCCAGGGUGCCGAUUGGAGAGGAUUGUGCCGGCAGCUUGCCGAUCUCAGCCACGCACUGAGCCAAGACGUUCAGUAUCUGUCAUCAUCGCCACCCUCCUCGUCGCCGGGUGCCGAAGUCGGCUUGGGGCACGACGGUGCAAGCUGUAUCCAACGGGCUUUCAAGUUCCUCGAGAUGCUAAAGAGCCUGACUGAAGACCUCCGGAUGAGAACGCGGCAGAGCCUCAAGGCACGCUCCCAGGCCGAGGCCCUGCUCACGCCAAACAGCGACGGGCGGUCAAGCAGCGUCUCUACCAGCAAGGAAACGUUUCCACCCGUCGAGAGCUCGGCGGCGACCGAGGUCUGCCCUCCUGCAGACCACCACCUGGACAAGAUUACCACGCUGCACAUCGUUACGGCGUACGUGUGCCUGAAGCAGAUCCUGAUCUCAACGCUCCGCUCCAUCCUUGCGUCCGUUGCAUGCCAGCAAAACGCGACAGGGCCCGGCCCCGUCACCCCGUCGAUGGGAAAUCGGCGGUGGCCGGAUGUUGGGGUCGAGGGCCUCGCCGGUGACGGCGAACGCUUCCUGCGGAUGAGGCUGCUCGCCGAGACCUGCCUGCACGUGGCGACGGGGAUUCACAGGCGCUUUGAGCUGCUCGCCGCCGCCGUCAAGAAGACGCUGGGCUUCAGCCUUUCGGGGCCCUUGAUGAUGGUUUCAGGCAGCGGUAGCUGCUCCUGCGGCGAGUGUGAUGCCGAUAUCCGCACAGUCAGGCUUUUGUGCAGGCAGGUCUUGUUCUUUAUCGACGAGCACGCCUGGUGA